GUGUCAAACUGGAGCGAGAGUGGGUGGGAUAGCAAAGAUAUGGCAAUGAGAAGUGAGAUUUUGAGAAAGGAAGUACUUCCAUUUGCAGCAAUGAUAGUAGUGGUGUGUAUGGAGAUGGCAACAUCCACAAUAGCCAAAGCGGCCCUCAACUCCGGGUUGAGCCCUCUUAUAUACAUCGUUUACUACAAUUUCCUUGGCGUCCUCUUUCUUCUCCCCGGAUUCAUCAUCCAGCGCCACAGAAGGCAUCCUUUACCUCUAACCUUGUAUAUGCUGAGCAGAUGCUUAAUCCUCGGCCUGCUCGGGACAUGUGUAGCGGUUUUUGGUAACCAAGGGCUCAACUAUAGCUCCCCUACUCUCUCUGCAGGCAUUAGUAACUUGAUACCUGCUUUUACAUUUGUGCUUACAAUGGUUUUCAGGAUGAAGAAGUUUGAGGUGAAGAGAAGAACAUGGCAAGCAAAAUCAGUGGGCACAAUUGUGUCAAUCAUAGGGGCAUUUGUCAUGACUCUAUAUCAAGGACCAACAAUCUUGGGAUCUUCGUCUAUUUUAUUGCCUCAGAAAUCUCUUCUGUCAGAUGAAUAUUCAUCAAGGUGGGUGGUGGGAGGUGUUAUGAGUGUAGCUGCAUACCUUUUUCUAUCUGUGUGGAACAUUCUUCAGACAGCUAUACUAAAGAAUUUCCCAGAACAGAGUACAGUAGUGUUCUUCGGUACUGGCUUUACUAGUAUCCAAUGCGCAAUUGUUUCAGCACUAGUAGAAAGAAAGCUGGAUGCUUGGAAGCUGCAGCCUGGCAUUGGAAUGGCUGCCAUUGUUGCUUCUGCGGUUUUAGAGUCUCUGUGUAACCAAAAUAUUAAUGCCUUCUGCUUGGACAUGAAGGGUCCGCUCUACGUUGCCAUGUUCAAACCCCUGGGAAUUGUCAUUGCAGCAAUUCUGAAUCUCCUUUUUCUUGCAGACGCUCUUCAUUUAGGCAGUAUUAUUGGAUCAAUAAUCGUUAUUGUUGGAUUCUACAUGGUGAUGUGGGGCAUGUGGAGAGAGGCUAUAAUCAUAGUUGAGCCACUGGAUAUUGUACGUCAAAGUGGAGAUGCUAAUGAAACAUCCCCUCUGCUACAAAAGUAAACCGGCCUGGCCUGAUCAUCAUGAUUUACUUAAAAUUAAAGAUUCCAUUAAAGUUGUUUAAAAAAAAAAAAAAAAAAAUUCCAUUAAAGUAGCUAGUGAU